CCCCGGCCGCCCGCCGCCCAGCGACCCGGUUGCGGCUCAGAGCUCGGCGGUGGCGGUGGCGGUGGCGGUGGUGGUGACGGCGACGGCGGCGGCUCUCCCCGUGCGUGCGCCCCACCCCGCAGCGCUGUCCCCGGGCCCCACUGCCCCGGCCACUCGGCGGGGACGCCGCCCGGAAGCCCCACGAUGAGGAAACUGAGGUUCAGAGAGAGAAAGUGAGCCACCCCCGGCACACAGCUAGGUGAUCCGAAGCUGGAACCAGGUGGCAGCCCAUGCCGUGAGGCCGAGGCCAGCAUGCCGUGGGACUCGCGGCCUGGGGGCGCCGACGGGGGCCCCGAGGGUGCAGGCGCGGCGCGCUCGCGGGCGCAGAAGCAGUGCCGCAAGUCUUCGUUCGCCUUCUACCAGGCGGUGCGCGACCUGCUGCCCGUGUGGCUGCUGGAGGACAUGCGCGCCAGCGAGGCCUUCCACUGGGACGAGCGCGGCCGCGCCGCCGCCUACUCGCCGUCCGAAGCGCUGCUCUACGCGCUGGUGCACGACCACCGCGCCUACGCGCACUUCCUGCUGGCCAGCUUCCCGCGCCGCGCGCUGGCGGCCCCCAGCCCCGGCUUCCGCUGCUGCGCCGCCCCGGGCCCGCACCUGGCGCUGGCCGUGCGCUACAACCGCGUGGGCGUCCUGCGCCGCAUCCUGCGCACCGUGCGCGACCUGCCGGCCGACGAGCGCGCGCGCCUGCUGGACCGGCGCGGCUGCGGGCGCGUGGAGGGCGGGGCCACGGCGCUGCAUGCGGCCUGCGAGCUGGCGCGGCCCGAGUGCCUCUUCCUGCUGCUGGGCCACGGCGCCUCGCCCGGCCUGCGCGACGGCGGCGGCCUCACCCCGCUCGAGCUGCUGCUGCGCCAGAUGGGCCGAGACGCCCCGGACCCCGACGACGCCCCGGACCCCGCCGGCGCCCCCGGCGAGCCGGGCCCCCGCCGCCGCCGCCUGCUGCUGCUCGACCUGCUGGCGCUGUACACGCCCGCCGCCGCCGUGGGCCCGGCCCGCCGCGAGCUGCUGGGCGACCGGCUGCGCUGGCAGCGGCUGCUGGGCGAGGACAAGUUCCAGUGGCUGGCCGGCCUGGCGCCACCGUCGCUCUUCGCGCGUGCCAUGCAGGUGCUGGUCACCGCCAUCUCGCCCGGCCGCUUCCCCGAGGCCCUGGACGAGCUGCCGCUGCCGCCCUUCCUGCAGCCGCUGGACCUCUCGGGCAAGGGCUAGGCCUGUACCGCGCCGAGCAGAGCAUACACUGCCGUGCCCCUGCGCCUUGGCUCCUUCUGUCUCCGCGCGCCGGGAGGGGAGGGGGCGUAGGGUGGGGGCGGGGAGCCUGCCCGCCCGCCCGUCCGAGCUGGCCCCGACCUAGGCUGCCCCUGAGCUGGUCUGCUCAGGCCCGGGCUUGUCCGGGUCACCCCUCUGCCCUCAGCCCUGCCCCGCCCCCCAGGUGGGUGAGACUUGCCUCUGCCCCGCCAUCCUGCUCCAGCUCCCGCUCCGUGGGUGGCGUGUCCCUCUGCCAGGCAGCCGUGCCCCAGUCGUGGAGCUGGUUCUGCGGGAAGCUUACGGAGAUGGGGCCUUGUUAGCGCUGCGCCAGGGGCCCAGGGGUCAGCUGUCCCGUUCAGGCCUCCCCUGGACCGUGAAAUUUAACCCCGCUCGCUGGCUGAGGCCAGUGUCCUGCCAGGCAGAGCCCUGAAGUCUGCCCAGUGAAGAGUGGCCAUCCUGGAUGGGUCCCCCUCCACCUGCCCCUGAGGGGCGCCUGCUGGGGCUAGUCCGGCAUGAAGGGGGACCUGGCUGUGACUGACACCUGCCACUGGCUCUGGCCGGCAUCCCCGUCUGUUUCACAGGGGUGUAGGAAGAGGAUGUGACUGCUCUCCCGGGGGGCCUGCGUGGGCAGGCACACCGCCCUGGGUGGGAGAGGGUGCCUCGGGCUAAGUUUCCACGGUGGGUGGGUGGAUGGGGUGGAGGGGGACGGGAAGGGGGGGGGUUCCACACUGCAGGGAUGAUGGGGCCAGGCCAGUGGCACCCAGCGGCGGCAGAACACCUGUGAGCAGAGGGAGCGUAGUGUGGGGCUGAUAGUUGCAGCUCCGGCUUUAUCUCGUGGCCCCAGCCUGUCAGUUCCAGGGCCCCUGGGGCCAGGAAGGGCGACAUGGAUGUGAGGCCACCCAGCACAGUUGUCAGCCAAGUGCUGAGGAUGGAAGUGCUGGAGCUGGCCAGGCUCAGUCCAGAGGCCUCCUGGCAGAUGGCAACUCAACAUGACAUUAUUUAUUAUUGGACAGAGACAAAGACAUUGAGAGGGAAGGGGGUGAUAGAUACCUGCAGCCCUGUUUCACCACUUGUGAAGCUUCCCCCCCCCGCAGGUGGGGACCAGGGGCUUGAACCUGGGUCCUUGUGCACUGUGAUGUGAGCGCUUAACCAGGUGUACCACCACCUGGCCCCGACUUUUU